AUGGGGGCUAUUGCAGAUGCCUCGCAGGGUGGUCUUGAUCUGGUCGGAGGUGGCGGAGGUGGCGACGGGGCGCUAUUGCAGCGUGAGCGCCAGCUCUCGCAGGGUGGUCUUGAUCUGGUCGGGGGUGGCGGGGGUGGCGACGGGGCGCUAUUGCAGCGUGAGCGCCAGCUCUCGCAGGGUGGUCUUGAUCUGGUCGGGGGUGGCGGGGGUGGCGACGGGGCGCUAUUGCAGCGUGAGCGCCAGCUCUCGCAGGGUGGUCUUGAUCUGGUCGGGGGUGGCGGGGGUGGCGACGGGGCGCUAUUGCAGCGUGAGCGCCAGCUCUCGCAGGGUGGUCUUGAUCUGGUCGGGGGUGGCGGAGGUGGCGACGGGGCGCUAUUGCAGCGUGAGCGCCAGCUCUCGCAGGGUGGUCUUGAUCUGGUCGGGGGUGGCGGGGGUGGCGACGGGGCGCUAUUGCAGCGUGAGCGCCAGCUCUCGCAGGGUGGUCUUGAUCUGGUCGGGGGUGGCGGAGGUGGCGACGGGGCGCUAUUGCAGCGUGAGCGCCAGCUCUCGCAGGGUGGUCUUGAUCUGGUCGGGGGUGGCGGAGGUGGCGACGGGGCGCUAUUGCAGCGUGAGCGCCAGCUCUCGCAGGGUGGUCUUGAUCUGGUCGGGGGUGGCGGGGGUGGCGACGGGGCGCUAUUGCAGCGUGAGCGCCAGCUCUCGCAGGGUGGUCUUGAUCUGGUCGGGGGUGGCGGGGGUGGCGACGGGGCGCUUUGCAGCGUGAGCGCCAGCUCUCGCAGGGUGGUCUUGAUCUGGUCGGGGGUGGCGGGGGUGGCGACGGGGCGCUAUUGCAGCGUGAGCGCCAGCUCUCGCAGGGUGGUCUUGAUCUGGUCGGGGGUGGCGGAGGUGGCGACGGGGCGCUAUUGCAGCGUGAGCGCCAGCUCUCGCAGGGUGGUCUUGAUCUGGUCGGGGGUGGCGGGGGUGGCGACGGGGCGCUUUGCAGCGUGA